AUGUCCGAUAAUGGAAAAGAGUUCGAUAACCAGUUAUUAAGACAUAUAACUAAACGAACGCAUGUCAAACAUAUAUUCACCGCUACUUAUCAUCCACAAGCAAAUGGACAAGUCGAGCGUAUGAAUCAAACAUUGAUGAAUAUGCUUAGAAAAUUGUCUCAAGAUAAACCGCACGUAUGGGAUGAACAUAUCGAAACAUCAUUAUUCGCUUACCGAACCACCAUACACUCAACGACUAAAUUUACACCAUUUUAUCUGCUACAUGGAUGCGAAGCGGUUACGCCGCUAAAUCGAAAAUUAGCACCAAUUGGUAAUGAAAAAGACCUAAAGAAACGACAAGGUCAACUUGUCGAAAUAAUGAGCAAAAGAGCGCAGGCACGUGAUAAUAUCGUAAGGGGACAAAGCUCCCAGAAAAUACAAUACGAUAAGAAAUUACAAGAUUCAACCUAUAUUCCUGGUGAUUUAGUUUGGAUCGAUAAGAAAACGCUUAGCGCAUUACCAAAGCAAAAAACUGGUAUGCGACUAACAGGACCGUUUGAAAUUAUUCAAAGGAAUAGAAACGGCACCUAUCACGUGAAAGAUUCAAAAGGCGUAGUGCUCAAAAAAGCCUAUUCGGGAGAUAAAUUCAGACGUUACGAAAUACGACAUAAAUGGGGAGAACCCGUAGUCGUAAUCGAACAAAAUAAAGACAUUCAUAAAAGAGAUGAAUUUCCUCGGCUAGUAGAUGCGAGUGAAGAGGAAGACUAA